UUCCAUGGACUGUCCGGCGAACACGGACUGCGAGGAAGACAGCCCGGGCUACGCCCUCUGUACGUGCACGGACGGAUACGCGUCCUUCAGCGACGUACUGGUUCUGGACACGUACGAAGUGUGUCAAGACGUGAAUGAGUGUGAGUCGGGCAACGUGACAUGCGCUGCUGAGCACACAAUGUGCAUCAACACGCCAGGCAACUUCACGUGCGCAUGCGCGGACGGAUGGGAGGGAGAUCCGACGAUGGGAUGCUUCAAGAAGAUUGACUACUGGAAGAAGGUGACCAUCGGCGUCAGCGUUGGCCUGGCAACGCUCUGCCUCAUCACCAUCAUCGUCAUCGUCGUCCUCGUCGUCAGACGUAAAUCGGCUGGUACGUACGACAAUGAGAUACCGGACUAUGUCUACUCCGAGACGUACCCGUCUCCCUCCUCCACGGGAAACAUAAACCUCCCCCGUGCACACAUCAGCGCCAAGUCUCCGAAUGACUCCGCCGCCGCUGACGACCGCUACGACAAAAGGAGAAGCGAUGAGACGGGCCUUGUCGGCAGUUCUCACUAUGACAACCCGGCGUAUGGAGGCGUCAACGAGAACGACAACGUCUACUUCUAACCAUCUCAUCUCACGAUAACUACACACGCACGCACGCACGCACGACCACACACGACACACACGCACGCGCACGCA